CUCAGCUAUAGCAAACCUGUCUUGUCUUCUCUUGCCUGACGCUUCUUUUACAGAAAGAAAAUGGUUCCAAUGGAGGUGUCGAAUGGGGUCCAGAAUGUUCCAGAACCUAGUCCAGAAAGUGUGGAACUGAAGGUUCUAGAUCCCAGCCCAGACAAUGAAAGCCCCAUUCACUGUUUCGCCCACACCUUGGCUGAAGACAUAGUACACUCAGCUACAUAUGAGUCCUCAUCCGGAUGUCCUCCAGUCCAGGAGAGAUUGGCUGAGAAGUUAGCCUCUCUGGCCAUCACAGCUGCCUUGAAGGAAGCAAUUGGAAGUGAGCUCUUUUGGUCUAACACAAGAUCUUGGUCCUAUUCCAACCCCAGCCCAUCCUCAGAUAGAAGGGAGCAGGGUCUACACAAUACAAUACAUGGAGAGGUUCAUAUGCAAACAGAGAUGAGUGGCAAUAGUGAGACACCUCAAUCCAAUCCCAAUGUGACCAUCAAGUCCCACAGCUCUGGAUCCUCCACCUCCACUUCACAACCUUCCAAGUACGCCCUCUCCUACUGCUCCUUCUUACCCCAGUCGGGGCUUCCCACAGUGGGAUCACUGGACUACCCGGACGCCCCACCAACCACCCCUCUUCUCCCAGAGAUGGUCCAGAGCAGGGCUAGCUUUACCCGAAAACUAAAGGGGCGUCUGGCUAAAGAGUUCCUCCCCUCGCCCCCUCCCCCUACCCCCAAGGAAAAGCACAGAGAGGGGGGGCUGGCGUUGGAGACCGUGGGGGAGGUCGAGGACACCCGGGAGGGGGAGGAAUUCAUGGGGCGUCUGUUACGCUCUCUUUCUCUAGAGUGUUCUGAGAGAGAGGAAGUUUGGAAAGAAGAGGAAGAGUUUGAUAUACCAACAGGUAUUUUGACUGACGGCAAUGGCGAAGUCAGUCAUGAAGAGCGAGGACCCCACGGAAGGAGAGCCAAGUUGAUGGUAUAUGUAGAUGCACUCUCUGAUGAGAUCACCACCUGGAUGACAAAUAACAUGACAAAUAUUGACGACCUCUCUCUGAUGUCUGAUCAAAUGGCUGAUCAAAUCAUUACAUCCUCCAUGAGUGAGGUGAGGCUGAGGAGGUACGUUGGAAGGCUGGUCUCGGAUGCACUCUCCCUUGGCUGGGAAGAGCAGAAGGCAGCCUCUCUCCAUGACUCCCUAGUUCUCCGACAGGAACAGAUAGGGAGAGGGGAACCAAACCCAACGGACCAAGAGGCUCAUCUAAUUGUCUAUCCUUAUCCAUAUCCAACCACUCCCAACCAGUCAUCCAGCAUCCAACUUUGUUCGCCCAAACCCAAUGAGAUGGAUCUGGAUCUGACCACCAACACAGCCCACCCUCCAGCCCACUCUCCAACCUCUGUAAUCAGUCAGUCCUAUGCUGAAGACUUGGCCCGAGCUGUGGUGAGGUGUUGUGUGAUAGAAGCCUCCAGGAAGCAGUGUAUGUAGCUCUCAAGGGUUACAUCCCAAAUGACACCCUAAUCCCUGUAUAGUGUAUUACUUUUGACCAGAUCUCUGGUCAAAUGUAGUACUCUGUAUAGGGAAUAUGUGUAGUUGUCCAGGCUGGUUGGACUGUGGUGGAGGGCCUGGUGGUAACAAGAAACAAACUGACCCCAAGAGGGCGCCAUUAUAGUAAUAUUCAGCUCCUGAAGAAAGUGUUGGAGUUGGACAAAAAUUGGUAAUGUCAAAACUGAUGAGCUUGAUAUAUGGCACAACCUUAACCCACAAUUAUGAUGAGCUUUGUUUACGUGAGCUAUAGACCGAAUUAAGAAUAAAUGGACUUUAAAUUUGCUAACUUCUGAUGAUAUUGCCACAAGGUUGGAGUUAGUGGUCAAAAUGACAUACUAGUAUUGUCAGAACCGAUGAGGUUGAUUUACAUGGGCUAUAACCUAAACCCAAAAUGAAGAAUAAAUUAUUUAUGUAUAAUUGCUCACUGACGAUAUUCCCUGCCACAAGGUUAGUUGUCCAGGCUGGUUGGACUGUGGUGGAGGGCCUGGUGGUAACAAGAAACAAACUGACCCCAAGAGGGCGCCAUUAUAGUAAUAUUCAGCUCCUGAAGAAAGUGUUUGAGUUGGACAACAAUUGGUAAUGUCAAAACUGAUGAGCUUGAUAUAUGGCACAACCUUAACCCACAAUUAUGAUGAGCUUUGUUUACGUGAGCUAUAGAACGAAUUAAGAAUAAAUUGACUUUAAAUUUGCUAACUUCUGAUGAUAUUGCCACAAGGUUGGAGUUAGUGGUCAAAAUGACAUGCUAGUAUUGUCAGAACCGAUGAGGUUGAUUUACAUGGGCUAUAACCUAAACCCAAAAUGAAGAAUAAAUUAUUUAUGUAUAAUUGCUCACUGACGAUAUUCCCUGCCACAAGGUUAGAGUUAGUGGUCGGACAAUGUUGUCAUGUACUUCAGCCUGAACCAUAACUUUAACUGAAAGAGAAAAUUGACAAUAUUUGCUUACUUCUGACGAUAUUGUCACGUGAUUAAUGGUUUAGAAUGGGAUUUGUGGUUAGGAGGUUAUCUAUUCUGUAACUUCUUGGACUAACCACAGCUGGACCAGCUAGGAGGAAACUAUUGGGACAACCAACUGGGUCAAGAUGACUCAGACCAUCUUUCAUCCACACACACACACACACACACACACACACACACACACACACACACACACACACACACACACACACACACACACACACACACACACACACACACACACACAGGCUCAUACGUGCACGAACACCCAUACGUGCACGAAUGCACACACUCGCGCGCAGACACGGGCACACACACACAUAAACUUUCCACAGCAGACACAGGGAGUGAGCAGGGCCAGAAUAAUGCAGGGGCUUACCGGGGCUGAAGCCCCUGGGCCCAGGCCUGUGGGGGGCCCAAGAGGCAACAAAAAUACAGCUAAAAAAAAAUUAAGAAAAAAGUUAAAGUCAAAAAUAUUAAGGAAAUAUAUACUGUAAAGUAUAUAUUAUAUAUGUAGUAUAUAUUUUAUGUUUUUUUCACUUCAAUCGCCAACCACAGGAAAUCUCAGGAGCCUGCUGCUGCCGCUUUGCUAAUCAUCAAAUGGGGGGAGUAGAGGAGGUAGGUGGCCCAAGUGGGUAACUGGGGGGCCCUGCCUUGAUUGGGUAACUGAUUAAUAACAAUAAAUACAAAAUGCAUAAUAAAUAUGUGACUGGUCAAUUAUGUGAGUCAGUGGCUGGGCCCAAGCAUGUACUGGGCCCAAAUGUACUGUAUUAUAAUACAUUUAUUAUUAGAAUGUUUUAUCCAACCACAGGAGUCCGCUCUCAAUGUUCAAAAUACACCAGAGAGCAUAACUUAGCCACAGAAGAUCAAUAGUUUAUAAAAAAUAACUGUGGAUUACGUUUUAUUACAAGCACAUACAAGUAUCUGCCAAAAUUAAGGAAACAACAUAAAGUGUCUUAAACGGGUGUUGUGCCACCACGAGCUACCAGAACAGCUUCAAUGAGCCUUGGCAUAGAUUCUACAAGUGGACCUAAACCAUGCCAGGAAAAUGCACCCACUUCUAUUUAAAAAAAACGAAGCCCCCAGGCCUAAGAUUUCUUAACCCGGCCCUGGGAGAGAGUGGGAGUGAGGAUGAGGUCAGUAUGUGUUUUUGUUUCUCUCUGUUGAGCUUGUGUUAGGGUGUGUGUGUGUGUUUGGUGGAGAAAGGGAGGCAUAUUGAGACCACAAUAAGACUAGAAAAACAAGUGAUUUUAGUGUGAAAUCCAAACUCCUUGGUUACGUCCCAAAAUGCACCCUAUUCCCUAUUAGUGCACUACUUUUGACCAGCGCCCAUAGGGCUUUGCUUAAAAGUCUUGUAUUAUACAGUAUAGUUUGGAUUUCACACUAAAAUUACUAUUUCUUUUGUGAAAUCAGUGUAUGUUUCUAAUAAUCACGCUGUUAUUUUCCCCCCUUUCAGAUGUAAUAUGUAACAAGUUAGUGAAAAUAAUAUAUGGUUUGUGUUGCUUCACAGUA